UCUGGUUGCGCUAACGCAAUCCUGCAAUCCUGCCACCACACUUUGUGUCACCUAUCCUUUCUCGUCCUCAACAUUUGGAGAUGCCAAUCGCUUACAUUCAAGAUGUGCACACAAAGCACAUACGGAGAAAGUCGUCUUGUGAUCGCGUCUUCACACCCUUCUGCGUCUUCCGGAACCGGAGCCUUUGGGAAAGCGUUCACGCCGGCGUACCCAGCAACAUAGAUAUUCCAAACCCCUUUCCGGUCCCAUUGACCCCGGCUUACAAUCAAUCUUGGACUUUCCUGCAGUGCUUUGCGAGCUGAUGUACGAGUUCCUGUUCAAACGUGGUGGAUCUUUGCUUCUUCACAACCACGAGGCGUACGUCCCAUUAUAGCUGUCCAAGAUUAGUCGGAAUUUCAUGUUUCUUCGUGAAUUCAGAACGAUAUGGAUGUUGUCUGUGCUGGGAUCCAGUCUGUUAAGGGCGAUUACGACUAUUCACUAUCCAUUGAUCUCCUUCCGUUGUUGAACAUCAAGUGGAAGACGACGCCCUACAACAUCAAAUUUGUUCACUCUGGAUUAUACGUCGAAGAUGACAACCAUCAUGGCCAGCGAGAUUUAUCAAACCUCUGGCCGCACUUGCCUCCGUUACAAGAAGAAGAUGAAGGGUGUCCGGUGGACCAGGUCGCAAUUUUCAAUAACCUCCUUCACACUCUUGGAGAACAAGAUACGCUGCCAAUCGGUCGAUACCACAAUUAUUAUCGUAAGCUGAACUCGAUGGAGUUUCCCUGGGAAGCUCUCGGCGGCACUGCGCGGUUUGGAGGAGUCAGUCCCUGGGGCGAAAAUGCUCCCCAAACCUUUACCCUUUCCAAAAUUGCUGUCUUCAAAUAUCCAGCUCCAGAUCCGGGCGUGAUGUGGUCUACCGUACGACAAAAUUGUACUGUCGACAUUGACACUCAAACUUUUGAGUCCAGGUACGAAGUCUUCAAACGAACCCACAAACGACACUCACACCUCACGCUCUCUGCACUCUACUGUCCCAACCGAGUCACCGAAUAUCUCUACGAUAUAUCCGAGUGCGGAGUUACGAAUUUCCGUUUUGGUAACAACGAGGCCGACCGUAUCGUUCGAAGCAGCGCGUGGACAGCGUUCAAGGAUGGAAGAGCUACUCUUGAACUCCGCGUCAGAAGUCAUCCCAGCCAGGGGGUGCAUGUGGAUCCACGACCACUCGAACGACUCCUCGAUGAUCGAGACAUAAACAACUCAAACACUCAACUAGCUUUUCGUCACGAGGAGACGAUGCCAGAGGGAACAGAGCCAGUCUCAAGGAUAACGAUCUUGCUCCUCCGUUUACGACAGCGCUUGUUCAUCUACCUGACCGACCUUCUGGACUGAGCUCCACCAUAUACUAAACCGAAGAUGUCUGUUAUUUUACUAGACAGCAAUUGGAACAUUGUCACUCAAGUUAAUGGUCCAUUGUCACCUCCACCAACUCAGGAAGACUGGAAUUUCUUCGUUGAGAACCCUGCGUCAGUUUACAACAGAAUCAAGGACAGGAUGGCUUGAGGACACAAGUACCAGUGUACGUUGCCAUACCUAAAUCCUCAUUGGUAUACCUUGGAACGUCUUGUAAUGGAGAGAGCUGCGAAGGAUGAGAGGGAGAAGAAUAUCAGCGUCUCUAUAUUGUUGAGGAUGUGCAUCAAACCCAAUGAUAAGACGAUCAUAAACUAGUCUCUUAC